AUGGGGGGCGGGAGGAGGAGGAUACGGUUCAGUAAGAUCUACACCUUCUCUUGUGGGAAGCAUUCUCUGCAGGAGGAGCAUUCCCAGAUUGGAGGAAGAGGGUACUCCCGCAGAGCCUUCGUCAAUGAGCCCGAUUGCCUCGAGGCGAGGAAUCUCGCCUAUGUCUCCAACUACGUCUCCACAACCAAGUACACCGUGGCCACCUUCCUACCCAAGUCCCUGUUCGAGCAGUUCAGGAGGGUCGCCAACAUCUACUUCCUCAUCAGCGCCUGCCUCUCCUUCACCCCCCUCGCCCCUUACACCGCCGUCAGCGCCGUCGUCCCUCUUAUCGUCGUCAUCGGCGCCACCAUGGUCAAGGAGGCCGUCGAAGACUGGCGCCGCUUCCAACAGGUAAACCCCCACCCACCCUUCUUCUUCCUGGUUUCUCCUCCCCUUCCUUCUACUUGCUGGUUUCUUCUCCACCUCCUCCUACUUCCUGGUUUCUUCUUCUUCUUCUUCUUCUUCUUCUUCUUCUUCUUCCUGGUUUCAUCAUCCUCUUCUUCUUGCUGGUUUCUUCGUGGGCAGGAUGUGGAGGUGAACAAUCGGAGGAUCAAAGUGCAUCGGGGGGGCGGCGAGUUCGACAGCACGGAUUGGAAGAAUCUGAGGGUGGGGGACAUAGUGAAGGUGGAGAAGGACCACUUCUUCCCCGCCGACCUGGUCCUCCUGUCCUCGAGCUACGAGGACGGGAUCUGCUAUGUGGAGACCAUGAACCUGGACGGGGAGACCAACCUGAAGCUCAAGCAGGCCCUGGAUUCUACCUCUUCUUCUCAGGAGGAUUCGAGUUUCAGAGACUUUCGGGCCGUGAUCAAAUGCGAGGACCCCAACGCCAAUCUCUACACCUUCAUCGGCACCAUGGAUUACCAGGGCCAGCAGCUCCCCCUCUCCCCCCAGCAGAUCCUCCUCAGAGACUCCAAGCUCCGCAACACAGAGCACAUCUUCGGCGCAGUAAUCUUCACCGGGCAAGACACCAAGGUCAUGCAGAACGCCACCGACCCGCCAUCGAAGCGGAGCAAGGUCGAGCGGAAGAUGGAUAAGAUCAUCUACCUGCUCCUGUGCAUGCUGUUCUUGAUCGCCGCCAUUGGGUCCGUCUUCUUCGGCAUCGCCACCGACGAGGACCUCUCCGGCGGCAAGAUGAAGCGGUGGUACCUCCGACCGGACGACACGGAGAUCUACUUCGACCCCAAAAGGGUCGCGGCGGCGUCCAUCUUCCACGCCCUCACGGCCAUGCUCCUGUUCAGCUACUUCAUCCCCAUCUCCCUCUACGUCUCGAUCGAGAUCUGCAAGAUCUUGCAGAGCAUGUUCAUCAACCAGGACGUGGCCAUGUACUACGAGGAGGCCGACAAGCCCGCCCACGCGAGGACCUCGAACCUCAACGAGGAGCUCGGGCAGGUAGACACGGUGCUCUCCGACAAGACGGGGACGUUGACCUGCAACUCCAUGGAGUUCAUCAAGUGCUCCAUCGCCGGCAUCGCCUACGGCCGCGGGGUGACGGAGGUGGAGAGGGCGCUGGCCAAGAGGAAGGGCUCCCCGCUGCCGCCGCGGUCGGAGGACAGCGAGUGGAGCGACGGCGCCGCCCCCGCCCCCGCCGUGAAGGGAUUCAACUUCAAGGACGAGAGGAUCAUGGGAGGGAACUGGGUCAACGAGCCCCGUUCCGACGCCAUACAGAGAUUCUUCCGCCUGCUCGCCGUCUGCCACACGGCCAUUCCCGAGCUAGACGAGGACUCCGGCAAGAUCUCCUACGAGGCCGAGUCCCCCGACGAAGCUGCGUUCGUCAUCGCCGCCAGGGAACUAGGCUUCGAGUUCUACCAGAGGACCCAGACGAGCAUAUCCAUCAACGAGCUCGAUCCCUCCUCCGGCCGGAUUGUCCAGAGGUUCGUCGAUUCCAUGCCCAACGACAAAUACCUAUCCGCAUAGAAUUAACCAACAUGCUGGUGUUCUACUGGUUCAUUUCUUGAUGAUGAUGAUGUUCCUUGCAGGGGGUACAAGCUGCUGAACAUCUUGGAGUUCAACAGCACCAGGAAGAGGAUGUCCGUGGUGGUGAGAGACGCAGAGGGGAAGCUCCUGCUGCUGAGCAAGGGCGCCGACAAGUUCGUGACUUUUCUGUGCCGAGAAUGUUGCUGAAUCUGUGCUGCGAUUUUUUGCUUGCUGAUCGGCGUGUCCGUGGGCGUGUGCGCAGCGUCAUGUUCGAGCGGCUGGCGAAGGGGGGAAGGGAGUUCGAGGAGGCGACCAAGGAGCACAUCAAGGAGUACGCUGAUGCGGGGCUGAGGACGCUCAUCCUGGCCUAUAGGGAGCUGGCCGAAGAGGAGUACCAGGCCUUCAACAAGCUCUUCACUGAGGCGAAGAACUCGAUCAGCGCCGACAGGGCCGACAAGGUCGACGAGGCGGCGGACAAGAUCGAGCAGAAUCUCAUCCUCCUCGGCGCAACCGCUGUGGAGGACAAACUCCAGAACGGGGUACGUGGGGUUUCCUCCUUCUUAGUCCUACGAUUAUUACCAUUAAUAGACGAUCAAAGGGGGAGCUUAUACGACGCCCCGGAUUGGAUGAUUUCAGGUCCCCGAGUGCAUCGACAAGCUUGCCCAGGCGGGAAUCAAGAUCUGGGUGCUCACCGGAGAUAAGAUGGAGACAGCCAUCAACAUAGGGUAACCAUGAAAGCCUCUGCCUCUGCCUCUGCUCGAGAGAGGCUGACCUUCGUCGUCAACCUGACCCCUCGUGUCCUCGUGUUCCUACAGCUUCGCGUGCAGCCUGCUGAGAGAAGGGAUGAAGAAGAUCAUCAUCACCCUGGACUCGCCCGAAAUCAAGGCUCUGGAGAAGGAGGGCAACAAGAGCACCAUCUCCAAAGUAAGCGAGCUCUUCUUCCCCAACAUCCAGACCGAGGGAGCAGCCGGCGGGAAGUGGUUUCUCACUUGCCUGUGUGCCUGGUGGUGUUUCAGGCAUCGAAGGCGAACGUCGUGCAGCAGAUAACGGAGGGGAAGUCGUCUCUUUCCAAGUCCAAAACGGACGCCUUCGCCCUGAUCAUCGACGGGAAGUCGCUGGCGUAUGCUCUCGAGGACGACGUGAAGAAUAUUUUCCUGUCUCUCGCCGUCGGCUGCGCCUCCGUCAUCUGCUGCCGCUCCUCCCCCAAGCAGAAGGCCCUGGUCAGUCUUCUUCUUCGUCAUCAUCAUCUUCUUCUUCUUCUCCCUGGUUUUCAUCUUCUUCGUCUUCUUGUUCUUCCUGGUUUCAUCAUCUUCUUCUUCUUGUUCUUGCAGGUGACGAGGCUGGUGAAGACCGGCACGGGGAACACCACGCUGGCGAUCGGCGACGGCGCCAACGACGUCGGCAUGCUGCAGGAAGCCGACAUCGGGAUCGGCAUCAGCGGCUUCGAAGGAAUGCAGGCCGUCAUGGCGAGCGACAUCGCCAUCGCCCAGUUCCGGUUCCUGGAGCGGCUGCUCCUCGUUCACGGGCACUGGUGCUACCGGCGGCUGUCCACGAUGGUACGGACCCACGCGCGGUGGCAACGCCGCCACCCUCUUCUUCUUCUUCUUCACUCCGCCUUCACCGUUGUACUGGCUGACGAAUGUGGUGUGCGCCGCCGCAGAUAUGCUACUUCUUCUACAAGAACAUCACCUUCGGCUUCACGCUGUUCCUGUUCGAGGCGUACACGUCCUUCUCCGGGCAGGCCGCCUACAAUGACUGGUUCAUGGCCUUCUACAACGUCUUCUUCACCUCGCUGCCGGCCAUCGCCCUCGGCGUCUUCGACCAGGAUGUCUCCGCCCGCUACUGCCUCAAGGUACACCGCCGCCGCCGCCGAGCUCAAUCGAGAGACCCUGCAGAUUUGAUUUGAUUCGAUGUUAGUGAGCUGAAUGAAUAACCUGGUGGCCGGAUGCAGUUCCCCAUUCUGUACCAGGAAGGCGUGCAGAACGUGCUCUUCCGGUGGCGGCGGAUCAUCGGGUGGAUGCUGAACGGGGUCUGCAACGCCGUCGUCGUCUUCUUCUUCUGCGCGGCGGCGCUGGAGCACCAGGCCUUCCGGAAGGGCGGCGAGGUCAUCAGCCGCGACAUCUUCGGCGCCGUGAUGUACACCUGCGUCGUCUGGGUGGUCAACUGCCAGAUGGCACUCUCCAUCAGCUACUUCACGCUGAUUCAGCACGUCUUCGUGUGGGGCAGCAUAGCCACCUGGUACCUCUUCCUGCUGGCCUACGGCGCCAUCACGCCCACCAUCUCCACCACCGCCUUCAAGGUCUUCGCCGAGGGGUUGGCCCCCGCGCCUUCCUACUGGGUGCUGACGCUUCUCGUCGUGGUGGCCACGCUCAUCCCAUACUUCGCCUACGCGGCCAUCAGGAUGAGGUUCUUUCCCAUGUACCACGGCAUGAUCCAGUGGCUGCGCCACGAGGGCCAGUGCGACGACCCAGAGUACUGCCAGAUGGUGAGACAGAGGUCCUUAAGGGUCACCACCGUAGGGUACACCGCGCGGAUUGAGGCCAAGUCCGGCCACCACCACCGCAAGCACAAGGUGCACAGUAACCUUUACGCCUCGUGA